UCAAGUGUUUUGAUUGUUAAACAGAUUUACACUGCCGCCACAGUCCUGGCAAAUUCAUUCAGCAUCCUCGCAUCCGCAUAUUCCGCAUCCCAACGAAUCUAGGCCAAUGGUUCUGGACUGGUAGCGAACAUCCCCACAGGAACACAGUCCGUUUCAUUAACUAGAAGGAUGGCGUCCCUUGUAUUGGUCACAGAUGCUACCAGCUUCAUCUCAUCACACAUCAUCCGACAGCUCCAGGAAGAUGGCUGUCAGGUCAGGGGAACGGUCAGCUCGCUGUCCGACGAGGAGGAGAGGAUCAAGGUCCUGCACGAGCUUUGUCCUGAGGCCAAGUUCAAGGUCGAGGUCGUGGAGGCUGACCCCGCCAAGCCUGAGUCCUGGGAGAGUGCCAUGAAGGAUGUCCAGUACGUGAUCCUCGCCAUCAAGCCCACCGCGGCAGUGCCUGCAGCGACAGAAGGAGAGGCGCCUACGCAGCCGGCAGUGGAGGCUGUUCUCAACGUGUUCAAGGCCUGCGUGGCUGCUAAGUCGGUCAAACGCGUUGUGUUGACAAGCUCUUACCAGGCUGUCUGUGGUGCUCCGGCAGCCCCCAAUGACAAGGUUCACACAGAGGCCGACUGGGCUGACGCAGAGACAGCUGAACCUCUUAUCAAGUCAGUCAUCCUGGCAGAGAAGGCCGCGUGGGACUUUGUCAAAGAGCUCACAGAUGCAGACAAGAUUGAAUUGUGUGUGAUGAACCCCACAAUGCCCCUGGGACCCCCAUUGAUUGAUGCCCAGCAUGAUAUCGUUCGUACCCUGUUGGACCGAGGCAUCACUGGCUGUCCCCGUGUCUGCUACUCUGUGGUGGAUGUGAGAGAUGUGGCCACUGCACACGCCAAGGCUCUCACUCUUGAUGAAGUGGCUGGAAACCGUCACAUCCUCCAUGGAGCCAAUCUAUGGGUGAAGGACGCUGCCCUAGCUUUGUCUAAGGAAUUCAAACCUUUUGGGUACAGUAUACCGACCAUCAGCCUGCCUAACGUUGCCUUGUGGGGGCUCAGUCUGUUCAACAAGACAGCCAAAACAUUCCUGCCCAAUGUCGGCAAACAGAGUCAGUUUGACAACACCAGGAUGAAGGAUGUGUUGGGCGUUACACCACGCGACGUGAAAGAUACGGUGGUGGAUGAGGCCAACGCCCUCAUAGAGAGAGGUCUCGGCAAAAAGCCCAAGAAAGUCCGCAACCAGGGGGCGGCCGCCGCACCAGAAAGUGCAGAGGCCACCAAGGCUGAAGAAGAGGGAGCAGAGAAGAAAGAGGGUGAGGGCGAGGAGAAGCCCAAAGAGAACGGAGAGGUAAAGGACGAGGAUGGAGAGAAGAAGGAAGAGGACCAGAAGGACGCUGAUGGAGGGGACACGCCAGCCCCCGCAGCUGCUGGAGAGGGGAAGACGGAGGAGAGUCAGAAGGAGGAGGAGAAACCCGCAGCUGAGGCGGUGGAGGAGAAGAAAGAGGAAGGAGGAGCAGGAGAUGCAGCACCAGCAGCGGAAGAGGCAAAGGCGGAGAAUUAAGGGCCCAGAUAUAGGACAUGGGCUUGUCGCUACUACUAGUGCAUCUAUUUCUUGUUCUUGAGUUCAGAAAGAAUAUUUUCUUCUGUCUUGUGAUGUUAGAUCAUUUUAAAAAAAUUUUGACACCCAGAUGAAAGAAAUAUGUUUGGGGGUUGUUGUUUUUUUUGUUCAGUUUUUUCGUUUGUUUGUGUUGGUCUAUGUUCACUUCUUGAAGGGCAGUUCAUAAUGCAAAAGUAUGCUUUGUGAAAUUGCGGUGUUCUCUACAAAAAAAGAAAAAAAA